GGGCUCGCUGCCGGAACCUACAAGCCCCGCCCCUGCAGACACAGUGGAGACCUCCUCGCCGUCUCUGUGCGUGCCUGGGGAGUGGGGCUGCAGCACUGGGCGGGCAGGCGCUGGGAGUUCAGCUGAGUUGCCUCAGGGCCCAGGAAGAAGAACAUUAGGAACAAAGUUCUUCAUACAGAUCAUGAGCCACAAGGGUAGAUAUUUUGAGGAGGAGAAUGACACUCCAAGACUGGCUCAAAGGAUCCUCCAGCGAAACUUCAGUCAGCGUUCUUUCAGCAUCAAUAAAAGGGAUUUAGAAGACAACUAUGUUGAUGCUUUGGAUCCAGAGAGGUUAAUACAAUGUCCAUAUGAUAAAUCUCAUCAAAUCAGGGCCUGUCGGUUUCCCUAUCAUCUUAUAAAGUGCAGGAAGAACCACCCUGAUAUUGCAAAGCAGCUAGCCACAUGCCCCUUUAAUGCCCGCCAUCAGGUUCCCAGAGCUGAGAUCGGCCAUCAUAUCUCAAGCUGUGAUGACAAAAGCUGCAUUGAGCAAGACAUUGUGAGUCAGUCGAAUAACUGCUACAGAGAGAAGAUGAACACUGUCAGUAUGUGGCAGCCGUCCCCAUGUGACGAAGACUGGGAUAAAGAUCUACAGGAGCAAUCAAAUUCUACGUUUGUUUGGGGCACGUUCAAUAGUGUCAUAAACAACAGAUUGGCACUAUAUUUGCCCCUUUUCCAGUCCUC